GUGCCCGGCACUUUCUCUUCAACAAAAAGAAAUAUGACCGACAAUGGUAGUCGACGAAACCCGCGUUUGCGCCUCGCAUGCGCACGAUGCCAACGGCGAAAGAUACGCUGUGAUGGGGAGCAUCCCACAUGCAGCAACUGCAGGAAAGCCUCAGCAGAAUGCUUUGAUGGUGGCAGUAUACGUUUGCGCAACGGGCCUCAGGAGCGCAAUGCAGAGAGAACCGAGAUGAAGAGGCUGAGAAAACGUGUCAGGGCAUUGGAAUCGAUCGUUCGGGAACGUCUCCCCGAUGUCAAUUUGACAACGGUCGGUUAUCCUGAACUCCACGAAGUCGCUGACGAAGAUGAACGUGCGACCGCUGAAGGUACCUCAUCACCAAACUGGCAUAUCAGCCGAGAUGCCUCUGUUGUGAACAUUGCCGAGCUGCAAUCCGCUGCGGUCCCAGAUCAACGUGCCCAUGAGAUUGGGCUGAUAUCCGUGGGAUGCAACGCGGAUCAGAAGUACAUAGGCCCUUCGAGUGGCUACUUCCUAGCUCGUCUGCUACUAGCAAAAUCUCGCAGAGAUGGGGAGCCGGAUUGUAAUGUGCGCAGGCCUACUGCUACACCUCAGACGAGCAUCAACGACCUUGUAAGCGCUAUUCAAGGACCUCUACCUCUGCCUCCCCAGGAGCUUGCAAUGCAGCUAUGUCAAGUGUAUUUCGAGACUGUGCAGCCUCAAUUUCCAAUAUUGCACGAGGGAUCUUUCCGUGCAGCCCUCACUCGACUCUACAGCACAGAUGGAAUCAAUCGUGGCUCACAUGAAGAACCCGCCACGGUCCACUUCCAAGUAUUCAUGGUUCUUGCUAUCUCGGCAUCUAUAUGGGCCUGGAGAUCAAAGCGACAUAUUCCCGCCGAGUCUUACUGUUUGUCUGCCCUACAAUAUCUCGAUCGCAUCGAUGUAGGGAUCUCACUCUCAGGACUACAGUGCAUGGUGCUUCUACUAAUAUUUACGAUGCAUUGUCCGCACAUGAAGCUUAACGUAUGGUAUAUGAACUAUCAGUGCAUUGCGUCGGUCCUAGAUCUUGGCUUACAGAGAGAAGUCACGACAUCACUAGGUAUUUCGCUUAUUGAACAGGAACUGCGAACCCGUAUAUUUUGGUCAGUCUUCACAAUCGAUAGAACCAUCGCAACUAUGAUGGGCCGUCCUAUCGGCUUACGCGAUGAGGCUUGCGAAUUGAGGCUUCCGCAAUUUCUGAACGACGGUGGCACUAUUGAUGACCCAGUCACACCUCGCUCUCAGAUUUGCGACUUAGCAUGCUCUGUACAUCUUUUCAAGCUGGCGAGACUCAAUUCGGAGAUCAAGUACGUGGCUAACAGCAUUGUACGGGAUGUGCCUUCGUACGCAUACCCCCCAAUUCAAGAUGUAAUUGCAUGGCAAAAUGACAUGCUGCAGCGGCUGGAUGACUGGGCCGAGAAUAUCCCGGACUCUCAGAACGAGUUUUUGAAAGCUACCUCCAAACUUCGAUAUCACUCUGUCAGAAUGGUCCUGCUCAGACCAAGUCCCGCAAUCCCAAGCCCGGGUACAGGGGUCUUAUGUCACUGCCACGCGUCGGCACGAGAUUCAAUCCGACUUUAUCACCACCUGUACAAUCGAGAUCUCUUGUCGCAUGAUUGGAUCACGUUGCAUGGGGUUGUUCUCAGUCUUGUCACAAUUCUCUACUGCACAAGGGCAGUACCUGGAAUUGCGCGAACAAUGGACGAUGAAGACCUCAUGAGCGACAUAAGUGUUGGACUCAGCAUCCUCAGCGCAACUGGCGAGCACUGGACUGGCGCCAAACGCGCACGGGAGAUCCUCGCCGAAUUGGGCCAAUCGACAAUACGCUGGCACAAGCGCAAUUCUAAACAAGGUCCUCGAAUAGACGCGGUUGGAGAUGAGCAAGUGGCCACCCAGUCACUGCCCUUCGAUGCAAAUGCGACCACUCCAGCACCAGGAUUCGACCUUAACCUGCCUGGUAUUCAAUCGGGCAUUCAAAUGGACGCCAGCCUGUUUCCUGAACUGCAGCAGGAUCCGUUUGGAGAUAUUAUCAACCUAGAAGACAUUAUGCGGAAUCUGUUCGAUGAUUUCAUCCCUCGCUUGGACAGUAUCUAGGAGACCCGGAUAUGAAUAGCCAUGCAGUAAAGCGCCAUCGGAUAAUGCAACACCAAGUACAGGAUAGAAGUCUUGAUCCGGCCGAACAAUUGCCGAAACAUCGUGAAUUUCCUGCAUUGCCUCGGAGAGUGGGGCACCCCCAGACGGGACUGGGUUCCCCUCAAAAUGCCCAUGGGGUCGAAGGAUUGCGCCUUGGCAGGGAACCAAGACUUGCAAACGCGACAUGUGGAUUUGACGAUACCUAGACCUUUCACAUGACUCGAAUUGAUCGUGUCAAUGGUUUUGAAAGCCUACUCUGCGUUCGAUGUAGCGAACCUGUGCACAGUGAAAAG